UCCCCCUCCGAUUCUUACACUUGUCUCUCAGUUCUCUUCACUCUCUCAGUCCUAAUGUCUGGAACCGGAAAACGAAGCACUAGUAGUCGGAGCCGAGUCAAACCGUCCAAGCACGCCAACGACGACGAAGACGACGGCGUUUCUCUCCGCCGUCGUAGUAGGCCCAAUCUCCGCCGCCGAAACGACAGCUCGAUCAGAAUCUUCAACGUCGAUCUCAAAAUCGUGCUAGGGCUCAGCGUCGUGGCCUUCUUCGUCAUUUUUUUUUUCAUCUAUAACCUCAUAAACCAUGUCGCACAGCCUCAGAUACCUAGGGUCGUCACGCCAUUCCCUGCUCCGAAGCUCAUGGACCUCCCUCAGUUUCAAGGUGAGCAUAAGGAGAGCUUGUAUUGGGGAACGUAUCGGCCUCAUGCUUAUCUCGGAAUCCGAGCUAGGACUCCUCGGUCUUUGAUUGCUGGAUUAAUGUGGCUGGGUAUACAGGACGGGAGAUAUUCCCUGCGGCAUUUUUGCCAAGAUUCUGAUGGUCUGGCCCAAUAUGGUUGGACAGAUCAUGAUGGCCGCACUUAUGGACAUCAAGUCAUUGUUGACCAGGAAAUGAAGUUUGCCACUAGUUUCUUGAAAUCGAAGGGGGAAGACAGUGGUUACGGGGGAGACUGGGCAGUUCGACUUGAUGUACAAAACCACAAAUCUAAUGGCAAUGAUGAACUUUCGAGAAGCGCACAUCUCUUUUUCUAUUUGGCUGAUGAAGAGGGAAAUGCUCUAACUGUAGGAGAAGACACAUUGGGAACUUAUGAGAAUUCCCUCCUUGCAUCUGGUUCUCGUAUGGACGUUGGAAGUUGGCAGCUGCAUCUAAAAUCAGAAGAUGAUUUGGAAGUUCAUUAUUCUGGUUUUAAGACGCCUCAUAUUCACAACUUAUCUGAUCUUGUCCAGGAAAAUCUUGGACUACAAGUAAGGAAAUUUAAUCGACUGCAGCUACCUGACUCAUCUGAAGAUUAUCCAAGUAUUCUGGUUUUUCAGAUUUCCGCUAAGAUUCCUUUCAAGGUGGAUAUCACAUUCGUAUCUGGAACUGGUUUGGAAAGUUCAAGAGUAGAGAAACGUGUCAGCAGCCUUACAGGUACUUCGCUAACCAGCCAACUGAAAGAGAAGCAAAGAGAAUUUGACUCGAAGUUUGAGAAGACCUUUAACCUAGCUGACAAGGUUGAUCCUGAAUCUAUUAUUGCUGGUAAGGCUGCUAUUGGAAACUUGUUGGGUGGCAUCGGCUAUUUCUUUGGCCAGUCAAAAAUUGCCCUCCCUAGGGAUGUAAAUCUGGCAAGUCAGGAUAAUUCUAUUUCAUAUUGGCCUGCCGAGCUUUACACAGCUGUUCCAAGUCGACCUUUCUUUCCAAGGGGAUUUUUGUGGGAUGAAGGCUUUCAUCAGCUCUUGAUCUGGCGUUGGGAUACACGCAUUUCCUUGGACAUCUUAGGACACUGGUUAGAUCUUAUGAACAUUGAUGGAUGGAUUCCACGUGAGCAAAUUUUAGGUGCUGAAGCUCUCAGUAAAGUCCCCAAGGAAUUUGUUGCUCAGCUUCCAUCAAAUGGAAAUCCACCAACUCUAUUUUUAGUAUUACGUGAACUACUUCAUGGUUUAAAGAAAAAUCAGUUUACUGCUCCUGAAAGCAAUGAGAUCUCUUCAUUCCUAAAACAGGCUUUUGUUCGCCUAGAAGCAUGGUUUCAGUGGUUCAACACUACCCAGUCAGGAAAAGAAAUCGGCACCUACUACUGGCAUGGAAGAGACCAUACAACAACGCGGCAACUAAAUCCGCAGACACUGUCAUCUGGGUUUGAUGAUUAUCCUCGUGCUUCUCACCCAAGUGAGGAUGAACGUCAUGUAGAUCUUAGAUGCUGGAUGCUUCUUGCAGCAGAUUGCUUGCAUUCCAUUUCGAAGCUUUUUGAGGAGGAUAACAAAUUUGGAAAGGAGUAUGAUACUACAGUUAAGAUGCUCUCGGAUUUUGAAAUUCUGAAUCAGAUGCAUUAUGACGAUGCGUAUGGAGCUUACUUUGAUUUCGGGAAUCAUACAGAAAAGGUUCGUUUAAGGUGGAAGGAAAUGAUGGUGGGACACAACUAUCCAACUCGAGAGCUUUUACGGGAAGUAUUGGAAACUCCCAAGCUGAGACUGGUUCCUCACAUUGGCUAUGUUAGUCUUUUCCCCUUCAUGGGAAGGAUUAUUCCAGCUGAUUCGUGGAUUCUGGCGAAACAGCUAGAUCUUAUAUCAAACCGGAGUAUCUUGUGGACAGAUUUUGGACUGCGUUCUCUUGCAAAAACAAGCUCCAUCUAUAUGAAACAUAACACAGAGCAUGACGCUCCUUAUUGGAGGGGUCCAAUAUGGAUGAACAUGAAUUACAUGAUUCUUUCAUCACUCUAUCAUUACUCCACAGAGGAUGGGCCAUAUAGAGAAAAGGCAAGAACCAUCUAUGAUGACUUGAGAGGCAAUUUGAUUAGAAAUGUGGUUCGGAAUUACCACAAAACUGGGUUCUUCUGGGAACAGUUUGAUCAGAGAAAUGGCAAGGGUAAGGGGGCACGCGUAUUUACUGGUUGGACAUCUCUUGUCUUGUUAAUCAUGGCAGAAGCUUACCCAUAGCUGGAGCACACAAUAUAGGACAGAUCAAUUAAUACAGGGAGGAACAUGAAAAUCGACUCCGAAUUUUGGUUUCUGAAAUUUUCCCCGAGGUAUAGCUAUUAAAGCAGAUACUGCACUUGUAAAAUGUCACAAGGUGCACAUGUGGUGGGAUCAGAUCACUUAAAAUGCCGUGUGCAUUAUAUGUAGUCGCAAAUCAGAGGCAAGCACUUGAUCUUCUAAUUGGCAAUGCAAGAGUCUAUUAGGUUACGACCAUUUAAUAUCA